ACCCAGGAGUGGUAUCACUGGAUCAUCUAUGGUUAUAAUUUGAAGGGGCAUUGAGGGCUCCCCAUUGGAUCUCCUCUUGCCCACCAGAGUAAGAGAAGUCCCUGGAGCCCUGUGGAGCAGUGAAGACCAGGGGAUCCAAUGAACCAUUACACACGUGGAGUUGCCUAAAAGCCUCUGGGUUCUUCUCUGUUGGAUCUGUUGGCAUGGAGACCUCCUGAGAUGCUGUACUUACUCCUGGCUUCCAACUUAACUUCCAGAUCGAGGGCAAUUUGCAUAUUUCCCCAAAGAACCAUCCUGACGCUGACAGCCUGUUUUCAGACCUGGAGGGAAAGCCCACAGUUGUUUCUUAAAAUUUGGGACUGGAAAUGGCCACAGGGGGCAGAUCAAGCCACGGGCUGCAUCAGGAGGCUGAGCCAGCCGUGGAGGGGGACCCACAUCUGCCCACGGGCCGGGAGUUGUCUGAGGCCAACCGCUUUGCCUAUGCCGCCAUUUGUGGCAUAUCCCUGUCCCAGUUAUUUCCAGAACCUGAGCAAAGCUCCUUCUGCACAGAGUUCGUGACGGGCCUGGUGACAUGGCUGGAGUUGUCCGAAGCCGUCUUGCCAACCAUGACUGCUUUUGCCAGCGGCCUGGGAGGGGACGGAGCUGACAUGUUUGCUCAGAUGUUGAUGAAGGACCCCAUCUUGAAGGACGACCCGCUGGUGAUCAUUCAGGACCUGCUGAGCUUCUCACUCAAGGAUGGGCGCUACGAUGCUCGGGCCCGGGUCCUCCUUUGCCACAUGACCUCCCUCCUCGGAGUGGCCUCCGGGGAACUGGAUCUCCUGGAAGAGACGUUCCUUGAGAGCCUGAAGGACAGCAAAGAGGAGGAAUCUGAAACAGCCGAGGCGUCCAGGAAGAAGAGAGAAAACCGGAGGAAGUGGAAGCGCUAUCUGCUGAUAGGCCUGGCAACCGUCGGAGGCGGGACAGUGAUCGGUGUGACCGGGGGUCUAGCUGCCCCUCUUGUUGCCGCCGGGGCCGCGACAAUCAUUGGCAGUGCUGGCGCAGCGGCUCUGGGCUCAGUGGCUGGCAUCGCUGUCAUGACCUCGCUGUUCGGUGCCGCUGGAGCUAGCCUCACAGGAUAUAAGAUGAAGAAGCGUGUUGGGGCCAUUGAAGAGUUCACCUUUCUGCCUCUGACAGAAGGCAGGCAGCUACACAUCACCAUCGCCAUCACGGGGUGGUUGGCGUCCGGCAAAUACCGCACCUUCAGCGCCCCGUGGGCUGCCCUGGCACGCAGCCGCGAACAGUACUGCCUAGCCUGGGAGGCCAAGUACCUGAUGGAGCUCGGCAACGCCCUGGAGACCAUCCUCAGUGGGCUUGCAAACAUGGUGGCCCAGGAGGCCCUAAAGUACACAGUGUUAUCUGGCAUCGCGGCUGCCCUCACCUGGCCGGCCUCCCUCCUCACUGUCGCCAACGUCAUCGACAACCCCUGGGGGGUGUGUCUCCACCGAUCCGCAGAGGUUGGCAAGCACCUGGCCCACAUCCUGCUCUCGCGGCAGCAGGGCCAGCGACCUGUCACUUUGAUUGGCUUCAGCCUGGGAGCCAGAGUCAUCUACUUCUGCCUGCACGAGAUGGCGCAGGAGAAAGAUUGCCAGGGGAUCAUCGAGGACGUCGUCCUGCUGGGUGCGCCCGUGGAAGGAGAAGCCAAGCACUGGGAGCCUUUCCGGAAGGUGGUGUCCGGCAGGAUCAUCAAUGGCUACUGCAGGGGGGACUGGCUGCUGAGCUUCGUGUACCGCACGUCCUCGGUGCAGGUGCACGUCGCCGGCCUGCAGCCCGUGCUGCUGCAGGACAGGAGGGUGGAGAACGUGGACCUGUCUUCCAUCGUCAGUGGCCACUUGGACUAUGCCAAGCAGAUGGACGUCAUCCUGAAGGCCGUGGGCAUCCGCACCAAGCCAAGCUGGGAUAAAAAGGGGCUUUUGAUGGCCCCAGGCAGCCUGCCCCAAGAGGAGCCUCGCCAGGCAGCCGCCACUUCCUCAUCAGACCAGACCGCCGACCAGGAUGGGCAAACCCAGGGUCCUGCACCCAGAGACACCUGCAACGUGUCCACAUCCGCUGACCUCAGCCAAGCCCAGGUGCCAACAGGGCUGGACCAGUCCAAAGGGACCUCCCCUUCUCCUGCUGCCUGCCCUGCUGAGAGCCCCCCGAUCUGCAGCCAUGGUGUGGACCCCAACCCCCUGGACUGCCCCAGCAAGACCCAGGGGCCCUGCCCAGGGCUGGAUUGAACCCACAAGGGGACGAGCCGUCUUCCCAGAUGUCCCUAGGCGGUGCUCUCUUACCCCUCCACCGGGCCCCUGCGGGAGCUCGUGCGGAUUCCACCAGUGCCUUUCCUAUAUUGACGGCUUCGGGAUUGAAAGGAGGGGGAAUUGUAGGGAGACCAUGGUCCCUCUCUAGGGAAGCAAGGCCGGAGUCCUGCAGAGUCAACCAAGCACAGUGAGAGCCCACGACCCCCAGCCAUGGGCCUCCUGUACUCUGUUAGGUCACAGCCGUGGGGUCUGCUCUCAGGAGGUCCGGGGGCUCUCUGGGUUCCCACCCACCAUUCUCCCCCUGCCUUAAUCAAGCCAAGCAUCUGCCUGCUCUUCCAUCCACUCGAAGGCUGCCCACCAGCCCGCGGGCACCUCCGACGCACUUUCAGAGCGGGUGCCAGCAGGGAGCGGGCAGGGAGCUCGCUCUGCCCUUGGGAGAUCCCAUCAGACCUGCCGUGGACAGCCAUGCGGGCCGCGCACUGCACGAUGACAGGGGCGUCCAUCACACAGGCCUGCUGUGAAGGGCACCCCCCAGGUUGUGCUGCAUGGUGGCCCUGGAUGUGAUUGUGACAGCACAGUGAGUGAGUGCUAAACCCGCCUGUGGUAUGGGUGGGAACUGCGCCUGGUAGCAAGAAUGGGUUAUACGGGGGAAGGAUGUCUUGUAGCAGGGACGAGGU